GGUCUUUAGGCCAGGUUCCUUCUCAUUUGCAUCUGCUUGGCGUCCUCUCAUCUCAUUCCAUCUCGUCAUCUUCACAGUUACAGAACCUGGACCAGCCUGUGAAUGACUCCUUUUGAAAGUUUUGAAACAUGGAUGAAAGUUGUUUCAUGUUCGCAAUCGUUAAGAGAAGAAGUAUGGUUUUAAUCUAGACUUGCAUCCAAUUUACCAAAGAGAGUUGAGGGGCCUGAAGGAAUUUACAGUCCCAAUCCAGGAAUAAGUUGUCCCGUCCGCUCUUUACAGGAGGGAAGUAAAAGGGGAGCACGGCGGCGCAUUAUGUGCCUUGAAAUGCAUUAGGAAGAAAUUCAGAUGCAAUAGUUAUUUUGAAUCCAUAUGGACUGUAGCCUAGCAUUUCAACAACAUUUCAUGGUCGAUUUUCCUGUUGUCCCGGGUUUGUAGAUGAACACUUCUCCUUCGAAUGCAUUUCCAUCUGCACCCGCUUCUUCUUGCUCUUAAAUCAUUCCAAUAUUAUUUUUAUUUUAUUUUCUUUUAUUUUUAAUUUUAGAUUUUGUUUUUUCACUGGAAUGAGAGUUGCAAACCUAGUAAUAUCUAGUAACUUGGGUGCUACAUAUGAUCCAUAUGUCCCUCCCACUUACUGUUGUAAAAGGCUUUAGUUAUUCUUGCACUCUUUGCAUAUUGGGUGAUUUAUGAUUCUCUCAAGAUUGUUGCUUGUGGCUUGAUAUGACAGAAAAAAAGAUAGAAUUAUUGCUGAAGCCGUGCUCAGCAGGGAUUGCAGGAAUAACAGUCAGAGACACUGCGGGUCGUGUUCCUUGUAGCCUCCUAUGCCUUCCAGCCCUACUGGGAAGAACCCUCUGCUCUUGCCAAUUAAUCAUGUCAUUUCCCAUCUUACUUUUAGAGGAUAUGUUCGAUGCUUCUCCCACCUGUCUAGUUUUUUCCUUGUGAAUCAUUCCGGUGAUACUUGUGAAAAGAGUUCAGACCAAAAAUGUACAGAUUUGAAAAGAGACCCUGAUCUUGAUCUUCUUCUUGGUAAAAUUUGUGUUGGAAGGAGUGAGGAUGAAGUCUAUCAGUUCCUCAUGCAAGACCCUGGUUGUAAUGCUACGAAGAUUACUCAUCAACUCAUCAAUAAGCUGCUGAAUAGGUUCACAGACGAUUGGAGGUCGGCACUGGGUGUAUUUAGAUGGGUGGAAUCACAUUGGGCAUAUAAGCCGUUACCAGAGGCUUAUGAUAAGGUGGUGGACAUAUUGGGGAAAAUGAAACAGAUGGAGAAGAUGCUUUCUUUUGUGGAAGAAAUGAGAAGGGAUCGGCUUGUCUCACUUAAUACCAUCGCCAAGGUUAUGAGAAGAUUUGCUGGUGCAGGGCAGUGGAAAGAUGCGAUACUUAUAUUUGAUGAGUUGGAAAAGUUCGGCCUGAAGAAGAAUACAGAAUCUAUGAAUUUGUUACUUGAUACACUUUGCAAGGCGAAGAAAGUUGAGCAGGCUCGUGAUAUAUUCUUGAAGCUUAAAUCUCACAUGCCCCCAAAUGAACAUACUUUUAACAUCUUUAUUCAUGGUUGGUGCAACAUUAAUAGGGUUGAGGAGGCACACUGGACAGUUCAAGAGAUGAAAGGGGAUGGUUGCCGCCCUUCUGUAAUCAGUUACUCGACUAUCAUUCAAUUCUACUGUCAUCAAUACAAUUUUGUUAGGGUGUACGAGCUGCUUGAUGAUAUGAAAGCUCAAAAUUGCAUCCCAAAUGUAGUGACUUACACCACAAUCAUGCAUUCUUUGACAAAGUCGAAUGCAUUUGAGGAAUCCUUGAAGAUGGCUGAGAAAACGAAGGCAGUAGGCUGUGAACUCGACACUCUCUAUUUCAAUGUGUUGCUUCAUACAUUAGGGAGGGCUGAUCGAGUGGAUGAGGCUAUUUAUAAUUUUAAGGUGGAAAUGCCCGGGAGGGGGAUCGUUCCCAAUGUGUCAACGUACAAUACCAUGAUUGCUUUGCUCUGUCAUCAUGAACAAGAAGAAGUAGCUUUAGAAUUUCUCGGGGAUAUGGAAAAUUCACCAUACUGUAAGCCUGAUCUUCAGACAUACAUUCCUUUGCUGAAGUCAUGCUUUAAAGCUGGGAAGAAAGACAGUUGCUUGAACAAAUUGUUGCAUGAUAUGUCCAAUAAGCAUCAUUUGUGUUUUGAUUUGUCAACUUAUGCACUUCUGAUCCACGGACUGUGCAAGGCCAAUAAAGCCGAAGAUGCAUAUAAUCUUUUUCUCAAAAUGGUAGCUCAAGACAUUACACCUCGAUAUCUUACAUGUCGUUUGCUCCUGGAGGCAUUGAGACAGAAUGAUAUGUAUGUGGCUGUCGAUAGGGUUGAAGAUUUCAUGAAGAAGAUGAAAUCCUCUAGGAUAUCAACCGUCUUCUGA